AUUUACGUAGUUACUUGUGGAAUGUUUAUGCGAGAGACGUUAAUCACGGCUUUAUAAAUGUUUGUUACAACAGACAAGUUGAUGUUAAAAACAAUCGCGCGACCAUAUUUGAAUUGCGUUAAGUUUGUGAAAUAAACUGCAAAUAAAAAAACGUUUAUAUACACAGAAAGUUCUGGGUGCUUCGCAAUGAAGUCCAUACGUUUUUUCCUAAACUGUGGGGCAGCUUAAAAUUUUUAUUGGUGAACUUCAAUGAAUUUUCUCAAAUAUUUUGAUUCCUCUGUUGGGACUGAAUUUUAAUAUUUCAUGCACAACGGACCAUUAUUUAUGGGACUUUAGAGUAUGUCAAAUUAUCCACCUGUUUUUAUUGGUUUAAAUUCAUACGGGGGAUCAGAAGCCUAUGAGAACGUCUAUUCUCUGAUCCAGUUUCUUUAUGAAACCCAUCAGGAAUUCGAUCUUGAGGGUUCUUCAACAGAAACUUACAUAUUACCCAAGGACGAAUUGACGCUAAUUCAACUUGUCUUACGUGAUUUUGACAAAGAUAAAUACCCUAUAAAACAAGAAGACAUAUCGCGUUUUUGGUAUAGAAUGUGUCGCCAUCGUCUUUAUCGGCAUCGAAUUCUUGUAGACGACAAUGAAUACGUGUUUUGUACUAAGGUUGACGAAUACCUGAAGGCUAAUAAUUUAGUUGACCGGAUUUUAAUUGCUCGUCGCUUGUUGAAGGAAUUCUUUGAAAAUUCUGCACUGAAAACCAAGUUAUUCUACUAUCGUUAUAUUGUUCAGUCGAACAAAUUAGAUUGGUUUGAGCAUCUAAUGGUUGAAAUUAUGGCAGAUUUUAAUGUACCACACCUAUGCUUUCCAUGUCUUUCAACUACUGAAAGCAAAUUCUAUUGUCUUCGGCAAUGUGAGAUUGAUUUCAACACCCGAUACAAGGAAUGUGUCUUACUUGAAACCCUUCUCAGUUAUCUUGGACUUGCAGUUAACAUUAAGGAUUCCUUACGUUUUUUAAGAAUAUUUAACCUACCUUACCGAGCAUUGAAUGAACAAACUUUUACAUCGCUUCGAAAAUUGGCUCGACAAGAUAAUCUAUCAGUUACUCAAGUAGCCAUCUCAUUUGUUAGUCGCAUGAGGUUAGGGGACUCCAGCUACGCUCCCGAAUGUGAUCAUCCGCUUCGUCGGUGGUCUUCAGGUUUGAUUCAUCUGGUGGAUUCUAUCAAUAGGUGUCAUGAUGUAUUGUCUGGGGCUUCUGAUGAUAGUUUGUUGGCAUCGGGCACUGCUAAUUCACUAAUGACCAUUGAUGACGCUGUGAAAUCUGUAUGUCAAUGUAUUCGUGUUUCAUGUAGUAUUUUGCGGAAACCUGGUGUAGUCGAUGAAAGUAUGCAUGGAGAAAUGAAGACAACUAUCAACUUUUCAGAAAUCCCUACUGUCUGCGAUAGUCUUGUUAAACGUAUUUAUCAAUUGUCUUCCACAAAUAUUAUUUCAAACAUGUGUCGUGAUACACCGGAUAGACCCUUACAUGCAGGAGGAAGUUUACGAGGUAGAGGAGCCUUUAAACUCAUACGUAUAUUACUUGUAACUGAAUCUGAAAGACUGAAAAUCGCUUCGACUAAAUAUCCCAAUUCAUUGUCAACGACAAAUAGUUCGUAUUCAUUUAACGAUUAUUCGAAUACACCCCCGAAUCACUUGAAAAAGUCUAAUACACCAACUACCGAUGGUCGUACAUGUAAACUGCUUCCAAUGUUUAUGUCUCCAUCUACACCAAUCGUAAACAAAUCAUCACCAUUUACCAGUGAUCAUAUUUCUCCACAAAUUAAAAUGAAUGAUGAGAAUAAAUUUCCUCCAAUGCCUAAACGAACUUUCAUGUCUCAUUAUCAAUCUAACCUAGAUUGGGUUAGCGGUCAUUGUUCUCCAUUAGUUAGUUAUGCUGACUCCAUUAAUGAAACCAGUUCAUUACCAUGUUGGCAAGUUGUCAAUGAAGAUUCACAAUCCAAUAUAUCAUUCAUUAAUAGCGGCUAUUCCGAACAUGGAACUCCAACUAAAUUGUCUAGUCUGAAAAAAAAACGGUCAAGGACUUUAUUCACAGAAGAAAAUGUUAAAAUUAGUGGUGUUGGGGAUGUACGCACCGACUUACUUAUUAAAAGAAGCAGUAAACGAGAUUCACAAGAAGUGAAUAGGUAUGAAAGAAGAUCACAACAAAAUAUUAAACAUUCUAACCAAAGAAAGAGUCAAUUGAAAAAGACUUCAUCUGCUAACAACAAUAGACAACGACAACGUUCUUUACUGGAAUUUUUAAAAUAUAGUGAUUAAAUUAAAUGUAUAUAUGAAAUAUUUGUAUUUUUUUAAACGAUGAAUAGUAAUUGUCAGAACUGACUACCCUAACAGUUUGACAGAUUUCUGUUUGAUAGUUUUUUAAUACUUACCUCAUGAUAUUUGUAACUUGUACACUUUGUAUUAUCUUCACUUUAAUCUUUUGUAGCAACAUUUAUGCGUGUAUUUUACUGAACUUAUUUUAUUGUUUCGAAAUGUUUUUGCAUAAAUCUGAAUGUCUUAUUCUUCGUUCUUUUUUUGUAAAAGAAAAUUGAAAAAUUUACUGGUUUGAUGAUUUUGAAAUGAAUAGAUAGUAAGGUGCUUUAUGAUAUGAGAAUUUAAACUGAACUAAAUGAAAUUAUGUGUUGGAUACUAAUUAGAAUAGGUUACAUAAAAUGAUUUUGUUAUUCAGUAAACAUGUUAAAGUAGGUAAUGUAACAAAGUAGACAGUUUUAUACAAAAUAUUAUCCUUAUUGGUUUUAGAUUCAUAUCAUUUAGUCUAACCUGCAUUUCCAAAUUUACAAUCCCCUUUUGGGGUUAAAUAGCAAUCAGUGAUUAUUCUGCAUAGUAACUACUCAUAUUUUUAUGCUGUAUAAUAAUUUUCUCAAAAAUUCAGUUUUGUUUGUUUUUAUAAAUUACUGAGAACCAGCUGUUAGUAAUUGUUGACUGGAUAUACUUAAUAAUUCUUGUUUUAAUGAUCCAAUACAAAUCGUGCUUUUGCUAAUUUGUGCUAUAUGACGGGUCUAUGUUAUAUUUGUUCCAACGUUUUCGUUGUAUCGUAUUUACUUAUGAUUGAUCACAUAAAAUAGAUCAUUCGUAGAAAGAAACGUUUAUAUGCAAUAUCAUUAAGAAUAUGAAACGUUUUUUGUAAGUUUUAGUACGUAUUUUGUUCGAACUGAUAGAGGUUGAUUUACGGCGUAUAUAAGAAAGUGA